UGGUGGUGGCGCCUCAUCUUUUGUCCACUUGCUUCGUGCUCCAAAGCAGACGUCGCCAUUAGCAGUUCCCCGAGUCCAACCCCGCCGCUAUUUAUUCCCUCGUCCUCUCUCGUCGCUCGACGCUUUGCCCAAUUCACGCUCCCACACCAAGCACUUCGCUUCCGAAACCCAGAUACGUAACGUAUAUAUACACACACCUCUAUCCGGUUGUUAGCAAAAGCUCGAUUCAUCGUUGCGCUUCGCUUGGCGAAUUCUUGGGUUCCUGCUCUGUUCUUUGAUCAGUUUGAGGAGGAGGGUUCGAAGGUGACUGUGUUCUCUCAUGGCGGCUCCGAAACUGGGUCGAAUUCCGAGCAUCAGAGAGCGGGUUGAGGACACUCUCUCCGGUCACAGGAACGAACUCGUCUCGCUCCUCUCCAGGUAUGUGGCUCAGGGGAAGGGGAUUCUGCAGCCGCAUCAUUUGCUGGACGAGCUCGAGAACAUCAUCCGCGAGGAUGAAGGGAAAAACUCUCUUAGCGAUGGCCCCUUCAGUGAGGUCUUGAAAUCCGCACAGGAAGCCAUAGUUUUACCUCCUUUCGUGGCUAUAGCAGUUCGUCCAAGGCCUGGUGUAUGGGAAUAUAUCCGCGUUAAUGUCUACGAACUGAGUGUAGAGCAACUGACUGUUUCAGAGUAUCUCAGGUUCAAGGAAGAACUUGUGGAUGGCAAGUCUGAAGACAGUUUUGUUCUUGAGCUUGAUUUUGAGCCAUUCAAUGCAAGUUUUCCCCGCCCAAAUCGGUCCUCAUCCAUUGGAAAUGGUGUUCAAUUUCUCAAUCGUCAUCUCUCGUCGAUUAUGUUUCGCAACAAAGACUGUUUGGAGCCAUUACUUGAUUUUCUUCGAGCACACAAAUAUAAAGGACAUACACUGAUGCUGAAUGAUAGACUACAGAGCAUCUCAAGGCUUCAGUCUGCUUUGGCUAAAGCAGAAGAUUAUCUUUCUAAACUGUCACCUGAUACACCAUACUCUGAAACUGAAUAUGUGUUACAAGGUAUGGGAUUUGAGAGAGGGUGGGGUGAUACUGCAGCGAGGGUACUAGAAAUGAUGCAUCUCCUAUUGGAUAUACUCCAGGCUCCUGAUCCCUCUACUCUAGAAACAUUUCUUGGGAGGAUACCUAUGGUGUUUAACGUUGUCAUUUUGUCUCCCCAUGGAUACUUUGGGCAAGCAAAUGUGUUGGGUUUACCUGACACCGGUGGGCAGGUUGUUUACAUACUGGAUCAAGUCCGUGCCUUGGAGAGUGAAAUGUUACUGAGGAUACAGAAGCAGGGGCUGGAUAUUGCUCCCAAAAUCCUUAUUGUUACUAGGCUAAUACCUGAUUCAAAGGGAACUUCCUGUAAUCAGCGGCUUGAAAGAGUUAGUGGAACAGAACAUAGUUAUAUCUUGCGAGUUCCUUUCAGAUCUGAGCAAGGAAUUCUGCGUAAAUGGAUCUCUCGGUUUGAUGUGUGGCCUUAUCUGGAGACGUUUGCCAUGGAUGCAGCACAUGAAAUUACAGCCGAGUUACAAGCAUUUCCUGAUUUUAUAAUUGGGAACUAUAGUGAUGGUAAUCUUGUUGCUUCGUUAUUGGCUUAUAAAAUGGGAGUCACGCAGUGCACCAUAGCACAUGCUCUGGAGAAGACAAAAUAUCCGGACUCUGACAUAUACUGGAAAAAGUUUGAUGAGAAGUACCACUUUUCAUGUCAAUUUACUGCUGACUUACUAGCCAUGAAUAAUGCGGACUUUAUCAUCACUAGCACAUACCAAGAAAUUGCAGGAACGAAGAAUACUGUUGGCCAGUAUGAGAGCCACACUGCUUUCACUCUUCCAGGGCAGUACAGAGUUGUUCAUGGAAUUGAUGUUUUUGAUCCGAAGUUCAACAUUGUCUCUCCUGGGGCAGAUAUGUGCAUCUAUUUCCCCUACUUUGAAAAGCAGAAGAGACUCACAGCUUUGCAUGGAUCAAUAGAAAAGCUGUUAUUUGAUCCUGAACAAAAUGAUGAGCACAUAGGAUCAUUGUCUGAUCGGUCCAAGCCCAUGAUCUUUUCCAUGGCAAGGCUGGACAAAGUGAAGAAUAUGACAGGGCUGGUUGAAUGCUAUGCUAAGAAUUCAAAAUUGAGGGAACUAGCAAAUCUUGUACUGGUGGCUGGUUACAUUGAUGUGAAGAAGUCCAAGGACAGAGAAGAGAUAGGAGAAAUCGAAAAGAUGCACGAACUGAUGAAGAAAUACAAUUUGGAUGGUCAAUUUCGUUGGAUAGCGGCCCAAACAAAUCGGGCACGUAAUGGAGAGCUUUACCGCUAUAUAGCAGACACAAAAGGUGUUUUUGUUCAGCCGGCUUUUUAUGAAGCUUUUGGGCUUACGGUCGUUGAGGCUAUGACAUGUGGCCUUCCAACAUUUGCCACUUGUCAUGGUGGUCCAGCAGAGAUAAUUGAACACGGUGUAUCAGGAUUUCAUAUUGAUCCAUAUCAUCCUGACCAGGCUGCCACAUUACUGACAGAUUUCUUUGAGCAAUGUAAAGAGGACCCCAGUCACUGGAAUAAAAUCUCUGAUGCUGGGCUUCAGAGGAUCUAUGAAAGGUACACCUGGAAGAUUUAUUCAGAGAGGCUGAUGACACUGGCGGGGGUUUAUGGCUUCUGGAAGUAUGUUUCAAAGCUCGAGAGGCGUGAGACCCGGCGAUAUCUUGAGAUGUUCUACAUUCUUAAAUUCCGGGAAUUGGUGAAAACUGUUCCCUUGGCAACUGAUGAACCCCAUUAAUCUGGCGGCAUCGACGAAGUAUGAAAGCUCGAGAGGGUUGUCACACGGGGGCAACCACUUUGUAAAUAUUGCUGUCUUUCACUCCGAUGCAGAAGCAUGAGCAUGCUGUAUUGAAUAAUCUGGGGGCAGAGUUCACGCCCUUCAUAUGAUGGUAUCAGUAAAAUAAUUCUGCAGCGAGGUUGUCACUGCGGUCUCGAGCGAAGAACGGUUUUCCCAAAGGAUGCUGCAGUUAUAGUUGUCUUGAGACAGUAAUGUAUAUGCAUCACGAGUUCCGAUCCUAAGAUGCUGAAUUGCUGAUAUCUGUAACGAGGUUGAAUGUGAAAUAACCUAUGCAUUAUCAAA